GCGGCAGGCCCUGAAGGAGCAUGGCUUGCUGGAUUACUACCUGAAGCAGCACCCCUACAACCCGGCCUCCAAGUACUUCCCCACUCUCCUCUCCGUCGAGCCCCUGCAGAACUACAUGGACAUGGAGUACUUCGGCACCAUCUCCAUCGGCACCCCAGCCCAGGAUUUCACUGUUAUUUUUGACACUGGCUCCUCCAACCUGUGGGUGCCCUCCGUGUACUGCUCCAGCCCGUCCUGCAGCAACCACAACCGCUUCAACCCAGCGGAAUCCUCCUCCUUCAUCAGCACCAACGACACCGUCUCCAUCGUCUACGGCACUGGCAGCAUGACCGGCAUCCUGGGCUACGACACCGUCACCGUCGCAGACAUCAAGAUCCUCAACCAGAUCUUCGGGCUGUCUGAGACCGAGCCUGGCAAUUUCUUCUACUACGCCCCCUUUGAUGGCAUCCUGGGGCUGGCUUUCCCCAGCAUCUCCUCCUCUGGAGCCACCCCUGUCUUUGACAACAUGAUGUCUGAAGACCUCGUGGCCAGGGACCUCUUCUCCGUCUACCUGAGCAAGGAAGAGCAGAGCAGCAGCUUUGUCCUCUUUGGCGCCAUCGAUUCCUCCUACACCGUCAACGGCAUCGCCUGGAUCCCCCUCUCUGCUGAGACCUACUGGCAGAUCACCAUGGACAGGUAGUCCCGGCGCAGCCCGUGGGCUCGCCAGCUCAGCAGCAGCUCCAUCAGCAGCCUGCCCGACGUCGUCUUCAACAUCAACGGCAACGCCUUCCCCGUGUCACCCAGCGCCUACGUGAUACAGAGCGAUGGGUACUGCAUGCUCGGCUUCCAAGGCAUGGGCACCCCCACCGAGUCGGGCGAGCUCUGGAUCCUGGGGGACGUCUUCAUCCACGAGUACUACGUGAUCUUCAACAGGGCCAACAACAUGGUGGGGCUGUCCCCGCUGGCCUGA